CUCGUAUUUCUACGAUUGCGAUAUCUAGAUCCUUUCAUCUUCAAUGCAUUGACCCUCUAAAAAAAAAAAAAAAAAGCAAACAUGUCCUCCGUAGCCAUUGCACCUAUACCGGUCAGCGAUUUAUCUUUCGCUUCUGAGAAGACCACGGGGGUCAAACACACACGGGUAAAUAUAACAGACCAGGAACCACGCACAAUCGACGAAUUAGUCCGUCACCGUGCAUCUCUGGGAUCCGGACAGCCAGUCAUUGCGUAUCCCAAGUCCGGCAUCGACUAUGUCGAAUAUCCUCUGCGAGACCUGGAUAUCUUUGCAUAUCGAGUUGCGAAGAAAAUAGCCUCUCGAAUCCCAGUGAGAUCGUCUUCGUCGGAGAAACAAACGGUAGUGGGCGUGCUGGGACCCUCUGAUCUGAGUUAUCUCGUCAUUCUCCUUGCACUGUCGAAAUUGGGACAUUCUGCAUUAUUACUCUCAACGCGGAUAUCUAUCGAAGCAUAUGUUUCUCUUCUGGAGACCACGAAUUCGAGGAAUCUUAUGGUCCACAGGUCUUUCCGGGACGUCGCUGAAGAGUUGAAAAGACGAAUACCCGAUCUGCAAGUCGAUGAGAUUCCUUCUCGAGACGUUUAUGACUUCCCAGUAGAGGAUGGCAGCGUCGAUACUAAUCUCACUCCUCAUCUGGAUCCAGCGCAAGAGACAGAACACACCGUAUGGAUAAUCCACUCCAGCGGCUCGACGGGCCUACCAAAGCCCAUCCCUCAGAUCCAACGAGCCGCAAUUAAAAACUAUGCUGGGAACAUGAACAUGAACGGAUUCAUCACUCUUCCUUUAUACCAUAAUCAUGGAAUGAGCUGCUUGUUCCGCGCAGUUCAUUCAUGCAAGCGUCUCCAUUUGUAUAAUGCGAAUUUACCGCUUACAAAGCAGUAUUUGCUGGAUACGAUGAAGGCGCAUGAUUUCGAUAUAUUUUAUGGGGUUCCGUAUGCGUUGAAGUUGCUCGCGGAGACGGAUGAGGGGAUUGAAGCCUUGACGAAGUUUAAGAUUGUCAUGUUUGGUGGAUCGCCGUGUCCGGAUUCUUUGGGGGAUAAGUUGGUUGAGAAAGGGGUGAAUCUUGUUAGUCACUAUGGGUCGACUGAAACGGGCCAAUUGAUGACAUCUUUCAGACCGCGGGAAGAUAAAGAAUGGAAUUAUCUCCGUCCUUCGGAGGCAGUGAAGCCUUUCUUACGAUUCGAAGAACGCAGUCCCGGUAUUUAUGAGUUGGUGUGUCUUGACGGCUGGCCAUCUAAGGUUGCUUCCAACAGACCGGAUGGUGCGUAUGCCACAAAGGACCUCUUCUUGAAACAUCCCACGAUAGAAGGGUACAAAUAUUAUGCUCGUCUGGACGAUACAAUCGUUCUCGUGAAUGGCGAGAAGGUCAAUCCGCUGGAAAUGGAGGGCAUUAUCAGGCAACUUCCAACGGUAUCGGAAGCUGUGGUCUUUGGCGCAGGAAAGUCCAGUGUCGGUCUGAUGCUGGUUCCUUCUCCGGUAGCAUCAGGGUUAUCGGAGGAUGAAAUUAUCGACUCUAUCUGGUCAUCUGUGGAGAAGGCUCAAACUGCCAUGCCCGCUUACGCCCAGCUUACAAAGAAUCUGGUGAAGAUCCUCCCAGCAGACACGCAGUAUCCUCGUACAGACAAGGGGACAGUUAUCAGGCAAGCGUUCUAUCGGCAGUUCCAUCAGCAGAUAGAAGAUGCAUAUGAAGAGAGGAAAACGGAAAAUGCGCUUUCUCUGUCUGAGCCCAAGUUGAGGGCAUUUAUCCGGAAACAGCUGGAGAAGAUAUUGCCAUUGAAGAAUCCAUCAGUCCUGACAGAGGAUGCGGACUUUUUUAACCUCGGCAUGGAUUCACUACAGGCUACUCAGCUGAGGUCUAUAUUGACAAGCCAGAUUGACACGGGUGGCCAUGCCCUGGGCUUGAAUAUAGCAUUUGACUAUCCGUCGAUAAACGCCUUGGCACAUUACCUCUACUCGCUGCGGUCAGGAACGGUGGAUCGUUCUGGCUCUGUUGAGGAUCUAAUGCAGAGGUUGAUCGAGAAAUACAGCGAGUUUGCACAACAUAAGCCUAUGCCAAAUGGUUUGAAAGGCAAAUAUCUGGUUGUCACUGGUGCCACUGGCUCUUUGGGCAGUCACGUUAUUUCCAAGCUCGCUCCGCAGCCAGAUGUGCAGAAGAUAUAUUGUUUCGUUCGAGCAGGAUCAACCAUCGAAGCUUAUGGGCGGUUGAUAGAGUCUCUGAGAGAACGCAGAGUGUACACGAGCAUAUCGGAUAUUGCACGAAGCAAGCUGAUCGCUGUCCCAUCCGAGUUUUCCAAACCAACUUUGGGACUCGAUGAGACAACAUACAACAUCUUGACCUCCGAGAUAACUGAUCUUAUCCAUUGUGCUUGGUCCGUCAACUUCAACCUGAACCUAGGUAGUUUCGAGAAGGACAGUAUUGCCGGUAUCAAGAACCUGAUCGACCUGUGUCUCAAAGCACAACGACCAGCACCUGCAUCUUUCAACUUCUGUUCUUCUGUCAGUACGGUCACGAAUACUGCCAGCGAGUAUGUCCCAGAAGCUCUUCCAGAGAAGCUAAGCUAUGCCCAAGACAUGGGAUACGCCCAGUCGAAACUCGUGGCCGAAAACAUCUGCGUCAAAGCCGCAGAACAGACAGGUAUCAGAGGUCGAGUCCUCCGCAUCGGUCAAGUGAUCGGUGAUACACAGCAUGGAAUCUGGAACCCUACAGAAGCCAUCCCCUUAAUCCUUCAAUCUGCCACCACAAUCGGCGCACUACCGCGUAUCGACGAAUCACCCUUCUGGCUGCCCGUCGACGUCGUCGCAGACACGAUAAUCGACAUUACCUUCUCCACCAUGGACUCCGGUGUAUUGAACAUCAUCAACCCGCAAUCCUUCAACUGGACGCGCGAUCUGCUUCCUUUCCUGCAUAGAGCUGGGCUUGAGUUCGAAGAGCUCGAGCAACGCGAGUGGAUUCAACGUCUGCGAACUUCCAAUCCGGAUCCAGCACAGAAUCCACCGAUCAAGUUGGUGGAGUUCUUCGCUAGUAAGUAUGAUACGGACCAGCCAAGACGCACAAUGAAGUGGCAUACGGAGCGGGCGAGGAAGUAUUCACCCUCGCUGGGAAAGGCAAAGAAGUUGGAUCAAGAGGCAGUUGAUAAGAUGAUUGCGUAUUUUCGAUCUUGUUGGUCAAGAGCGUAAGGGGUAUUAAGUCAAGUAAGUAUCGAGUUCUAUCUGCUCAGUAUAGCACUUCGUUAGAAAUGACCGUUAAGUAUAUAUACCUGAAGAUCCAUUCAACAG